AUACUUGAAGCGUAGAUUCCUUUGUCCCGAUUGAUCAAGCAAACGAAUGCUUCGAAGCAUUUACAACCUUAACUGAAUGUAUUUUAUAUAUAUAAGGACGCUCUGAAUUUUUAAUGAUUGUGUAUGUAAUUUAAAUGUAGCACGUACUCUACCACGUAUGCAUAAAGUUGUUAUACAGUAGCAAAAAGAAUCAAAAGAAUUUCAAGAUGCAGAAAUUUAAAAGAGCUCAAGCGCAAAAUAAGUUAUCCAUCGAAAGACUUGAAGCCAACAUGUCAUUAAAUUUAUCUAGCGAAGAUGAAGAAGAAGAAACAAAUGAAGAAGUUGUCGAAAAUGUGGUGGGCCAAGUAUUGUUAGCAUAUCAGGGACAAGGCACAGAUGCAGAAAAAGUGAUAUCAUAUUUAGUUAAUUCUUUCCAAUCAAGUAGCGCUGUUUGCUUGAUAUAAUCAACUGUCAAAAAAAUAGAUGCGAUAUGGAAUUGUAACAAAUGCUAUGCAUUUCUACACAUGUCCUGCAUCUUACACUGGAUCAAUGACAGUUUGAGUUACAAACGGGCUAAAGGGAUUACUCCAAUCUGGGCAUGCCCAAAAUGUCGUAUGGAGUAUGAUCAAAAUCAGAUUCCAAGAUCAUACGAAUGUUUCUGCAAGAAGACUAUAGAUCCUCCGUAUCAACCUUGGCUUAUUCCACAUUCCUGUGGCGAAACCUGUGGCAAACUCUUACAACCAGAGUGUGGUCACAAAUGUGUACUACUUUGUCAUCCUGGUCCAUGUCCACCAUGUGCAAAGAUGGUGUCGGUCCAAUGCUAUUGUGGCAAGCUAUUGCCUCAGCCACGUCGCUGCAAUGCUAAAAAUUGGAGUUGUGGGACAAUAUGCAAUAAGAAAUAUGAAUUUUGCUCGCACACUUGUAAUAACUUAUGUCAUGCUGGAGAAUGUCCUGCUUGUAUGGAAACAGUAUUUCUGAAAUGCCAUUGUAAGAGUAGUCAAAAGGAAGGAAAAUGCUAUGAAGGUACAUGGACCUGCGAGAGACCCUGUAACAGAAAAUUCUCCUGUAACAUACAUAUCUGCGAGAGCACUUGCCACUUACCUGAUGAUUGUGGUAAUUGUCCGCUGGAAAAAAAUAGAUGUUGUCCUUGUGGGAAGAAACGAUAUGAAGUUUCGUGUAGGCAACAGCAAGUACCAACGUGCGGCGAUACUUGCGGCAAAUUAUUAGACUGUGGAUCACACUUCUGCAACAUGAGAUGCCAUACCGAUCGUUGUGGCCAGUGUUUAGAAGUGGUAACGAAAGCCUGCAGAUGCGGCAGUUACAGCAAAGAGAUUGCUUGCGUAAAAGAAUUUCACUGCAACAAGAAAUGCACGCAAAUGCGCUUGUGCGGCAGACACCUAUGUAAUAAAAAAUGUUGCGAUUGCGUAUCUAAGAAUACAUCUAAUCCUUGCGAGAAGACGUGCGAAAAUACGCUUAAUUGUCGGAAGCACAAAUGUGCCGCACCUUGUCACAGCGGACCUUGUUAUCCGUGCACACGAGUGGACGUCGUCCAGUGUCGAUGUGGUAGCAGUAAAAUAACGGUGCCAUGCGGUACCAGAAAGAGAAUUAAACCACCGCCCUGUAACAAAUCCUGCAAAAUUCCGCCUGUUUGUCAUCACACCAAGAGGGAAACCCAUAGAUGUCAUCAAGGUCUGUGUCCACCGUGCAAGAAGAUCUGUGGCUUGACGCAUAAGAGAUGCGGUCACUUUUGUCCAGCCACUUGUCACACGAAGGUCUGGGUGAAGGUCAAAGCAAACGGAGUAAAGACGCCUAUUGGACCUUAGAAACCUGGGAAGGACGUUAUGGAAUUGAAGACUUUACCCUGUCCACCAUGUGAGAUUUCCGUACCUGUGACCUGUCUCGGAGAUCAUGAGACGCGUCCCUGGCCGUGUCACAUGUCGAAACCGAGCUCCUGCGGCAGAGCUUGUGGCCGACUACUACCAUGUAAAAAUCACACCUGCGAGUUGACUUGUCAUAAGGUACAAAUUUCUGACGAUAACUUGCACAGCGGUAUGCCGUGUAUGGAAUGCGAAAAUAAAUGCCAAUUCCCACGUUUACCGGGUUGUACGCAUCCAUGUUCGCAACCCUGUCAUCCGGCGCCUUGCAAACCGUGCAAACAAUUGGUGCGAAUCUCUUGUCAUUGUGGUAUCAGCACUCUUUACCGACAUUGUGUAGAUCUAAUGUCCGCGACGAAUAAAGAACGUGACGAAUUACUCAAAUGUGGAAACCAGUGUCCAAAAAAUUAUCAGUGUGGCCAUCGUUGCAUUAAUGAUUGUCAUCCAGGAAAAUGCAAAGGAGAGGAGCAAUGCAGCAAGAAAGUUAGAUUAUGGUGUAAAUGUAAAAGGAUUAAGAAGGAUUUUUUUUGCUUACUUCUUCAAAAGGAGCAGAUUACUGUAGAAUGCGAUAAUGUGUGUGUGUCAUUGAAAAAUGAGAGAAAAGAGGCUCAGGAAGCUAUUAUUGCAAAGAAACGAGAGGCAGAAGAGCUACGCAAUCGGGAAGAGAUUGAGAAAUUCGAGAAAAAGUUCAAGCCACGUCGAAAAAGGAAAGACAAAUAUGAAAAUUCGAAACUAUCCCAAGGAAAUAUGGGAAAUAAGUAUUGUAACACAUGGAUUUUAGCUAUUGUUGUAAGCAUUAUAGGUAUAGUAAUAGUAUAUAUGACUUCUUUUGAUUCAAGUAUGUUUGAAAUGAGUUGAUUCUGAAAACACUGGCUUGAAAUUAAUGACUACAAUAGUCAAUUUAUGAUAUAUCUGUGAUGUAUUAUCAACGGUUCUACAAAUAUUAUGAUAAACAAUAUUAUGUAUCUUAUAUAAAUUAUUAAUGAAAGAAAUUAGAAUACUGUAAGCAUUCUUAA